CUCAUUUCUCUGUUUCUGGUUUUAAAAGUAAACGUGUUCUAAAUGGAUGAGGAAAUAGACACCCGAAAAAUCAACAACAGCUUCCUUCGCGACCACAGCUAUGCAACUGAAGCUGACAUCAUAUCCACGGUGGAGUUUAACUCCACUGGGGAACUCCUCGCCACAGGGGACAAAGGAGGACGGGUGGUGGUAUUUCAGAGAGAGCAAGAGAGUAAGAGUCAGCCACACAGGAGAGGCGAGUAUAACGUGUACAGCACUUUCCAGAGUCACGAACCGGAGUUCGACUACCUGAAGAGUCUGGAAAUCGAAGAGAAGAUCAACAAAAUCCGUUGGCUGCCUCAACAGAAUGCCGCCUAUUUCCUGCUCUCCACCAAUGAUAAGACGGUGAAGCUGUGGAAAAUCAGCGAGAGAGACAAGAGACCGGAAGGGUACAACCUGAAGGACGAGGAUGGAAGGAUCCGAGACCCGACCACCAUUACGGCUCUACGGGUGCCUGUCUUAAGGCCUAUGGACUUGAUGGUGGAGGCAACACCACGUCGCAUUUUCUCCAACGCUCACACCUACCACAUCAACUCCAUCUCUGUCAACAGCGACUAUGAGACCUACAUGUCCACAGACGACCUGAGGAUCAACCUGUGGAACCUGGAGAUCACCAACAGGAGCUUUAACAUUGUUGACAUAAAACCGGCCAACAUGGAGGAGCUGACGGAGGUGAUCACGGCGGCCGAGUUCCACCCAAACCAGUGCAACACGUUUGUCUACAGCAGCAGUAAGGGCUCCGUCCGCCUGUGUGACAUGAGGGCCUCCGCUCUGUGUGACAACCACUCCAAGUUCUUCGAAGAGCCGGAGGACCCCAAUAACCGCUCCUUCUUCUCCGAAAUCAUCUCCUCCAUUUCGGACGUCAAGUUCAGCCACAGCGGCCGAUACCUGAUGACCCGCGACUAUCUCACCGUGAAGGUUUGGGACAUGAACAUGGAGAGCAAACCUCUGGAAACGUAUCAGGUCCAUGACUAUUUGAGAAGUAAGCUGUGCUCUCUAUAUGAGAAUGACUGCAUCUUUGACAAGUUCGAAUGCGUUUGGAAUGGAUCGGACAGCGUGCUAAUGACCGGCUCUUACAACAACUUCUUCCGCAUGUUCGACCGUAACACCAAACGCGACGUCACCCUGGAAGCCUCCCGCGAAAACAGCAAGCCGCGGGCCAUCCUCAAACCGCGCAAGGUGUGCGUGGGUGGCAAACGGCGUAAGGAUGAGAUCAGUGUGGACAGCUUGGACUUCAGCAAGAAGAUCCUCCACACUGCCUGGCACCCCUCGGAGAACAUCAUCGCCGUGGCCGCGACCAACAACCUCUACAUAUUCCAGGACAAGGUCAACUAG